AUGGGAACCUUUACUGUCAGCCCUCGGUCAUCUAUCAGCUCGCGUUCGGGGCGGCUACCAAGACGGCGAAGUCGCGACCUAGAAGCUGCUAGGGGGUCUGACUCUGGCAACAAUGGCGGGCCCGAAAAGGGUGAUAUUGUACGGAGACCAACUCGGAGAUUGACGACACGGCAUAGCCUUACUGUCACACAGAAGAGGCGGCCAAUACCUGUCCAUGAUGUCCCUCUUGGUUACUCGAAACUUGCAGCCUUUAUUGAUUUAGAGGAUGACCUUGCUAUUUUCAGGCGGUUCAGCAGGCUACAUGCACGAUUGUUGCUAUAUCGGCAGGCAGACAUUGAGGAGAUAGAAGAAGAUUUGGCGGAGUUGGACAUGAUCGAGGAAGAGGAGGCUAGAAAUGCAAACACCCCGGACAAUGCAUUGAAUCGUUCGUGGAGGAGAGAGAAAGAUCUAGAUGAGUAUAGAGUGGAGUUGGUCAAGAAAUUGCGCAAAUCUAUGAAGGAAUACGAUGACGAGCUUUUCAGAUACAAACAGAAGCUUGCUCUGAAAGGUGCCACCGAUUGGCAAAUAGAGAAUGUCAAAACAUGGAUGGAUAACCACCAUCCGAACCCAUUGGUCCCCCGGGAGAGAAGGUUCCUUGAAGACAAAGGAGACAUAUGUGCUUUACAAGCUUCGAGCGAAGAUUCUGCAGUCCUUACAAAUGCUCUGCGUGGCUGGGCGCGUGACACCUUCGGCUGUAUGUGGCUGUUCAAAAAGAAAGGCAACCCUGCUAGCUACGGCGAUCCUUCGAUAACGUACUAUAGCACUGAUUGGAAGGAUGCGUUGAUGAGGGUAGCCUAUGCGGCUCUUGUCUCUGCAUUGUUGAUCGCGGGAGUCAUUGCACUAUUUUACGUGCAGUCAGAUGAAGGAAGGCUGGCUGUUUUGUGCGUUUCAACAUUAGUCUGCGGUGUCGUCAUGGCAUUGUUUACUACUGCGAGAAAAGGGGAAAUUAUGGGAGGCACAGCAGCAUACUGCGCUGUCAUGGUGGUUUUCGUUGGCUCGACACUGAAUGGUGAUGGAGCGGGCGGUGGCAGUAGUGGCUCAAUGGCGAAAGCCACAUGA